AUGUAUGGUGGUGCGGAUGAGCAGCUCGAGAAGGUUCUAAAGACAGAUCGGUUCAAGCUUGACAGGGCAUUUGGAGGUGUGUCUGAGAGGACAGGUCCUAGAGAUAGGCCGGUUGAGUUUGAUAAACAUGUUGAAGAGGCUGAUCCAUUUGGAUUGGACCUGUUCUUGACAGAGGUGAAGAAGGGGGGUAAGAAGGCGAUGGAGAAAAUAGGGAGUGGAGGGACUAUGAAGGCAAGUGCAGGGUCUUCAAUGAGAGAUGGCUAUGAGGGAGGAGGGUCAGGCAGAACUCCAAUUGGGUUUGAAAGGGGGCACUGA